UGCGGCCGCAGGCGGAAGCAGCGGCGGUGCCGGGCGCAGCUAUGGCUGCGGGCAUCCCCUGUGCGCUGGUCACCAGCUGCUGCUCCACCUUCACCGGAGACCGACUGGUCCAACAUAUCCUUGGAACAGAUGGUCCUCCUGUGGAAACAGCUUCCCACGAGACUGUGAGGUUUUACCCCUGGACCAUCGAUAACAAAUACUACUCAGCUGAUAUCAAUCUGUGUGUGGUACCAAACAAAUUUCUCGUCACCACCGAGAUUGCAGAAUCUGUUCAGGCAUUUGUGGUUUACUUUGACAGCACACAGAAAUUGGGUCUUGACAGUGUCUCCUCGUGGCUUCCCCUGGUAGAGGCCUGGUUGCCUGAGGUGAUGAUCUUGGUCUGUGAUCGAGUGUGUGAAGAGGGAGUGAGCCGCCAGAAAGCCCAAGAAUGGUGCAUCAAACACGGCUUCGAGCUUGUGGAACUUAGUCCAGAGGAGCUGCCUGAGGAGGACGAUGAUUUCCCAGAAUCUACAGGAGUAAAGCGCAUCAUACAAGCAUUGAAUGCCAAUGUCUGGUCCAAUGUUGUGAUGAAGAAUGAUAGGAACCAAGGCUUUAGCCUUCUCAGCUCGUUGGCUGGAGCCAACCCCAGCAUUGCAUCCGCGGAGAGCUGCCGCUCAGAGCCACCCCGUUUGCCAGCAGCUGAGAGGACAGAACCCCUCCCUGGACAGCGGGGCGGUGCAUGUAACACAACAGAUGCCCAGGUCGACAGCAUUGUGGAUCCGAUGCUGGACCUGGACAUUCAAGAGUUAGCCAGUCUCACGACUGGAGGAGGAGAUUUGGAAAAUUUUGAGAGACUGUUUUCAAAGCUAAAGGAAAUGAAAGACAAGGCUGCGACGCUUCCUCAUGAGCAAAGAAAGUUGCAUGCAGAAAAGGUGGCCAAAGCAUUCUGGAUGGCAAUUGGGGGAGACAGAGAUGAAAUUGAAGGCCUUUCUUCUGACGAAGAACACUAAAUUAUUACCACUAGGUUUGACUAACACAGAUGUCAGUGUUGCCCACCCAAGAUGCUUCCCUGCUCAACCCAGCUGAGCUUGGCUGAGAUUCCCAUGGCCAUGUUGGCCACCUGACUGGUUUUUAGGGUCAUCUUACUUUUAGUUUCUAAUAGAGAGCUCCUGCAGUAUCAGGGAGCGAGGAGUGUGGCGGCAGGAAUGAGUGAUAAUGUAGCCAUAUGCUUUGUAAAGAAUGGGAGCAGAAUGAGUUUGAGAGGACUGUGUGAUUACCCAGGUGAAAGGAGAGCCAGACGUGAUGGCGCAUGCCCGUGACCCAGCGCUUAGGGGGCAGAGGAUGGUGAGUCCAAGGCCAGCCUGGGAACCUGUCUUGGAAAGCAGGGAGAGAGAGGUGGCAGCCUGCAGCCUUUGCGGGGCGGACUUCUGUGUGGCAUUGCCUGCACUCACCCCAGUGGCUGUGGGUAGGGCUGGUGUCGUUUCCUGGGCAUUGGUUUUCCCCAUCAAAGAGCAUGCAGCUCCAAACUGGGACAGUGUUCUUGAGCAGAGGCACCGCUCUGGAUUAACUUGUGCUGGGAUUCUUGGAGGAGAAGGGGGCAGCAGUGUGUGCGCCCCCAGACUUACCUCUGAGAAAGUCAUUCUGGGCAUUGCGUUGGCAGUUCAAUGUCUGAGGCCCUGUGACAGAGACUCGGCAGGCCCAUGUGUGCGUUGUGAGGCGAAAGGUGAAGGUUUACCACCCCAUGAGAAUGAAAAGCCUUGGUACAUCCUCACAUGGGCCAGGGAGACUAGGCACUUGUUCUCGAGCAUGCUUUGUGGGCGUGGUGGUGGACACUGUGCUGCCGGAGCACUUCCCUGCUACUUGAGACGCCACUGCUUUGCUGUCACACGUAAGACCCUGAACAAAAGGCAGAGCCCCCUUCUCUCCAUUAAGACCAGUAGAUCGCUGUGAAGGCAGUGGUACUGAGCCAUAGUGAGGACGUGAGGUGUUAAGAUAGUGCCGUCUGAGCUCUCAGCUUUGCUCCCAAGGCUGCUGGCUCCUCUGUGCCCUUCCAGGGCUAAACCCAGGGGACAUCUGCUGUCUGUUCUUCCUCUUGAGUAGUACUUUGAGUGAGGCAGCCCCAGAGGAACCUUUCACCCGGAAGAACAGAGAGUCCAGCAAAUAAGAUGUCUUCCUUCUGCUGUUGUAGAAUACUUGGUACAUAGGUCACCGCUGUGACUCUGAGCUGGCUCAGCCCAUGGUAAGUGGUGCUACACACAGCCUGAGACCUGGUUCUGGCCUGGUGUGGGAAAGCAGGUUGAGACACACUUAGAAACAAGACUUGCCUGCUCUGGGCAUCACGUGUCUGAAUCAGAUGUGCGAGGUGGAAUGCUUGGACCAGGUCAGGGACAUUACAGAGCCGACACCAUCUCCAUGUUGGGAGUGAUGGGGAUGCUGGCUUGCUUAGUGGCUUUUUUCCCCCUCCCGUUCACUCUUGUUAAGGUCCUUGAGCCUUAUGGCUCAUCACGGUCCCAUCAGUGGGACUGACGUUUGUCUGAGGUGACGACAUGAAUCAGGAAUAUGAGGGAAGUUGGCUCUGGGUUGUCAGGAAGGUGGAACAUGUUUUUCUUAAAAGAUUGUAGAGAAUAUAUUAGGGCAACUGGUUAGCAAAUACUGACUAGAAAAGGCUGUGAACUUGAUUUUGUUGGUUAAACGAAGCCAGGUAAUUAAACAAUGACUUAAUGACAAA